UAAAACAUUUUCAGAGUUAUGAAUAUUUUAUUAUGUGAUUUUCAUUUUUCACUACGCGCACUGUGUAUGACUGCAAAAUUUUAGUAGCAGCAACGAGGAGAACUAUUUGUUUUUAAAUUUAUUCGUCCAUUGAUCAAAAGUUUCCAGCGCUUCGCCAUGGAUCGCGACAUUUCACAAGUGCCAGUCCCAGUCUCGCUACGGAAGAAACUAUACCGCGCUGGAUUCAGCAAAUUUGACUGUUUCCAACCUUCCCAGGCUGAGAAAUUGAGCCAAGAACUCGAGAUCAAGGAAGAGGAGGCCAAACGCCUCGUGGAGAAGGUUCGCGGAUAUUCAUGGCAAACCGCUCUGGAUGUUUUCCGACCAAUCACCGCGUUCGAACUGUUGCGGCGCGAGCAGACGGCUCGCUACAUUUCAACGGGCUCAACCAGAUUGGAUUCCAUUCUGGGUGGUGGCAUUGCGCUGGGCAGGAUUACGGAGUUUAGCGGUGUUCCUGGCGUUGGCAAAACACAGCUUUGCCUGCAGUUAUGCGUAAACGUGCAAACUCCGGAGAAUCUGCAAGGCAUUCAUGGAGAAGCCGUUUUUAUCGAUACGGAGGGCGGAUUCUACCUGGAGCGGAUAAAGGAUAUUGCAGAGGGGAUGAUUGGACAGUUGUCUGAACACACUGAUGGUCGUCUGAAACUGGAUGUGGAUACCAUUUUGAAGCGGAUAUUUUAUGUGCGAUGCCAUGAUUUCGCUGAAGUAGUAGCCAGUGUCCAUCAGAUCGAGCAGAUGCUGAACGAAGAGGAAACGCGAAUCAAACUUAUCAUUAUCGACAGUAUUGCCGCCCCUUUCCGGUACGCUUUUGAGAAUAUUGCGCUGCGCUCGAGGAUUCUCAAUGGUUUGAUGCAGACCCUCGUCCACAUCGCAGUGGAAAAGAGCGUUGCUGUGGUGGUAAGCAACCAGAUGACGACGCGUAUAAAUCCCGGGGAAGAAGGUCAGCUAAUACCGGCGCUUGGUACCAGCUGGGGACAUUCCUGUGGCACGCGUGUGAAUUUAUUUUGGAAGAAUGAGUCGCGUAUGGCAUUCCUAUUUAAAUCGCCGUCGCAACCGGAAAACAUGGCUCCGUACACGAUCACGUAUAGCGGGAUUCGGGAUCUGUCUGAAGAUCUGCUCACUCAGUUAAGCCAAAGGCGGAACUCAUCCACGGUGGAUACGGAGCCGGACAGUGAUACAACAAUGAUAUUCAUGUCGUCACAGUUAGCAAAUGCUGAAACCGAACCCGAUUUAGGUGAACCAGAGACGCCCGCCCUUGACAUCAGCGGACGCGUUGAACUGGAUUAACGACAAACUGGUAGAAGGAGGCAACAUAAGUCUGGAAAUGCUGAUGUGUUUGAUUUCCCUUACUCAACUUUCGUAGUUUUCCAGAUGUCUCUCUAAGAUUCUAACAAUGUUCACUCAAGUAAUCAAGAAGUUGCCCGACUUUUGUAGCAGUUUUUUGUUUUCCUUUGAAAACGUAAUAGAAAUCGAUGUUUAUGUAAACAGUGGCUAUGAAUGCUGGGGGUAGGCAAAUCAUUCCAGCUGCACGGUACAUGCUGAGGUGAUGCAUUUGUUCUUGUUUCUUAAAUG